AUGUCAGGGGACAUGGAAGCCAAGGGCUCCACACAGAUCAGUGUAAAAAACAUCUGCUAUGAGUGGACCAUUAGCAACUUCUCAUUUUGCAUGGAUGGAAUUCAGAAAGAGAUUAGAAGCCCAGAGUUCUCAUUAGAGGACAAUGAGGAAGUGGCAUGGUGUUUGAGAGUAUACCCAAAUGGAGUUGAUAAAGAAAGCAAAGAUUACCUGUCAGUUGACCUGGGAUUGCUCAGCUGUCCCGUGUGCCCAGUUUGGGCAAAGUUUGAGUUCUGGAUCAUAAAUUCCCAAGGAGAGAAAUGUCAAAGUAGGAAGAACCCCAGUGUUGUAAGCUUUUGGCAAUACCAACACAGGGGAUUCAAAGAGUUCAUCCUUCGAGAUUUCCUCCUCUCCCAUCAGCAUUUACUUCUCCCUGAAGACCUGCUCACCAUCUGCUGCAAGGUGAGCAUAGCGGGAGCCAUCUUCAGCAUGCCUGGACAGAACAUGACACCUGCAAUCAAGGAUCCAAGGCAUGUGUUGGCAGAUGACCUAGGGAAGCUUUGGGAGAAUUCCAUCUUCACAGACUGCUCCCUAUUGGUGGGUGGCCAUGAAUUCAGGGCUCACAAGGCCAUCCUAGCAGCUCGCUCUCCAGUUUUCAGAGCCAUGUUUGAACAUGAAAUGCAGGAGAGACUAAAAAACCUCGUUGAGAUUCAUGACUUUGAUCCCCAAGUCUUCCAGGAGAUGAUGGGCUUCAUCUACACAUGGAAGGCACCAAACCUCAAGAGCUACUCCAUGGCCUCUGGUCUGCUGGCAGCUGCUGACAGGUAUGGCCUGGACGGCUUGAAGGCCAUGUGUGAGGAUGCCCUCUGCAGGAUCCUCUCUGUGGAGAAUGCUGCAAACACUCUCAUCCUGGCUGACCUCCACAGCACACAGUGGCUGAAGACUCAGGCCCUGGAUUUCAUUACAGAUUUUGCCUAUGAGGUCUCUAAGACCUCAGGGUGGAAGUCAUUGGUGGAGUCACAUCCCCCCUUGGUGGCUGAAGCCUUCUGCUCCCUGGCUUCUAUUUGCAGGCCUGUAUACCUGUUGAGGGAGAACCGGCUGGGGAAGGAGCAGAGGUACAAGUCCUUGGUCCAGAACACCAACUAA